CUUGAAGUUGAUUUUUGCAACUUAGAGGGCUUAAAGUGUAAUUUGGCAUAGCCAAAGGAAAAUGAAUUUAAAAAAAAAAAAAAAAAUGGAAACGUAUAUUUAGAAAGGAAGACCUAAUUUGAGAUCAACUUUUUCAUUUCAACUCGCCUGACGUUCCAGCUCUUCCUGUGCAAAAUGGCACGACUCUCCCCGGAUCUACUCCGCGACAUUCUCGUCCGUCAGCCGGUAAAGUCUCUGUUGAGAUUCCGAUGCCUUUCUAAAUGGUUAUGCUCUGAGAUCGACAGUUCCGAUUUUGUCAAGGAGCAUCUCAAGAGAUCAAUGGAAACAAAAUCGGGUCGCAAGUUGAUCCUCAGCAUGAACCCAUGCAGUCCCGUCGGCGAAGACCUAGUCUCAGUUGGCCCUCUCGACUUCUACGCCGCGGAUUUCGACGACGGACUGAGAAACGCCAUCAGACUCGACCACCCACUUGGAGAUUCACCUCAAUGCGACCGUGACACGUCCAUUUCUGGAACUUGCAGUGGUUUGAUUCUCCUGAGUCUCAAUCUAUACAGCAAACUAGGACAUUUUGCAAUCCCUGAGCUUGUCCUUUGGAAUCCAACCACUCGGAAAUGCAAGAAAUUACCUGCUUGUCCUGCCAAAGACCUUCCCGAUCAUGAAUUCCGCGGUUGCGGUCUGGGCUAUGAUUCUGCUGCCGAUGAUUAUAAGGUGGUGAUGCUUUCUAAGGUUAAAAAUGUUGACACUAAGAUUUAUCAAAUUUGGGUUUUCAGUUUGAAAUCAAAUUUUUGGUGGUUAAGUCAAGAUCUUCCUUUUGGUAGUGGCAAUAUUACCUGUCGUCGUGGGGAAUUUGCAAAUGGUGCUGUGUAUUGGUUAUAUCAGGAAGCUCAUUCGAACGAAGUUUGUGGUUUUGAUCUUGCAAAUGAAACCUUCUUUACCUUGCCGAGUUUCUGUUCGUCUGAUGAUACGUUAGAUGUUCUCUUGAGCGUUGUAGAUGGGUAUGUUCUUACCACCAAAUUGUUUUAUGUUAAGCAAGUUCAAGAGUUCAAGUUGUUAGCAAAUGAUGAGGGAGGAGCUGCAGGCAGAGGUUUUUGGAGGGAAGUAUUCUCCUUUGAGCAGCAGCAUGAGGGUGAAGCAAGGGGGUUGCCUCAGGCUGUGCCCUUUUGGAGUGAUGUUCGCUGGGAAAGUUUUGCUUCUCUGGGCAACAAUGCUGCAUUCCAGUUGCCAGUCUUCUCUGCCCCUUUCAAAAUCUCCAUCUUGAUUCUUGAUUACAAUAAGAAGUUGCUCUCUUCCAUUGGCAAUGUCGUCCUGAAAGCUGUGCUUGCUUAUGGUUCAAUAGAGAUCAUCUUGAGGUGCCUAAGAGCAGGGGCCGUUCACUUGAUUUAUGAUGCUACUGCAAAUGCAAAACAAGCUUCCGGAGCUGAUUUUAAUUAUGGUUAGCUUAAUUAAUGUGCAAGCUGAAUUCUGUUUUAUUUAAAUGUUCUUGAGUUUGAUGUUGUGCGAUUAUUAGGUGCUAGGGGUACUCUUCCGUAAGGGUGUUUAUAUCUGAUUCAAUUCAAUUAAUCCAACCUAAACUG